CUGUGCCGCGAAGGAAGAUGCAAUCCCUGGAAGCUUUCUGGUUCAGAAAUUAAAAUUCAAAUCUCCUCACGUUUGGACGAGUUUGGACGAGUGUACCGACGGACAUGAAUCCCUCAGACUUGACGUUGUACAACGGACAGGCCAGAUUCGGCAGUUCGGGAAAAGCCUGUACAUUGUUGACCGCACUGGCGGCGAUGUCCUGAGGUGAGUGAUGGUGUCCACGAUCUGAUGGCGUCCGGUCCUUCAAGAGCACGUGCAUAAGUGACGAAGACAGUGCUCUGGUGGACUUGAGAAACUGUCAACAUAUUGAGAGAGGCAGCUACGUACCAGAAGCAUUUUUGGAAUAGAAACUCCAGAAUUAGAAUACAGAACAAGAUACUCGAUCUUCUCGAGGCAGCGGUAUAUUUUUUCUUCUUUCGUCUCAAGCGCUCGGGUUUGAGAUGCAGAGUCCAAAACAUGGCACCUCGAUGGCAAAUGAUCGAGUCGAGAGAACUCACAAUUGGCUGCAGCUUUCUGACAACGGCUUAGAAGCAGUCCGCGUGCUUUUUAACUAUCAGGUUGGCAAAGGGCAUUUCCAGAUUUUAUUGCUUCUGGAGGAGAUGGGACUUCUCAAAUUUUUGAAGGAUGCUUGGGUGUGCCAGGACUGGAAAGUUUGCCAGGAAUUCGUCGAUAAUUGGGAUGACAGGAGCAGAACUACCACAAUCCAUGGAACGGAAAUCGAUGCGAAUUACAACUUGUUUCUCUCUAUGACAGGUCUAACAAGGGAACGCAAGACAGGUCCACUGGAUCGACCGAAUGCGUCUAAUGCCGCCCAGAGAUGCGCCGCCCUGUUUGGUGUCAAGGGAGAUAACUGGACGACCGCCCUCGUAACCACCUGCAAAGACACCAUGAUUCGAGAUCUGCUCCUACUGCUAAAUAAAACUCUUUCUUUCGCCUUCCAUGAUCAGCAGUUUCGCGCUCCCAGACGUCUGAUCCUCCUCCUCCUAGAAGCACUGGAUGGCAGCAACUCGACCUGCAGCUGGGGUGCGUUUGUGUACGAUCAGUUUGUAGCUGAAGUGGUGCGACUGCAGAAGAUGCGGCGCAGUCACUCCGACGAGAUUCGAACCUCAUCAGGACCUCUGAUGUACUACCUCUACGCGCGUUCCAGACGCAAAGUUGGAGCUGUUCACGAGAGGAUUACAGCUGAAACUCGAAAAGCUGAAAUCGCUGUUGACAGUCUCACGGAGCUAUUUACUCCUCGGCCAGAGAAAACCAUGCUCCUCGAGGGAAUGGGAUCAUCGACUGAAGAUAAACAUGACGCCGGAAGGUGUCGAUCUGUGUCCAGUGUACAAGCCCCGAGGGAUCUAACGCUGCCAUGUCGAGCAAUCAAGUCAAAUAAUAAACGACGUUAUGAUGACUUGGUAAGACCUGAUGAUCGGCCUGGACCAUCGACGCCACUGGACUCGAGUUCAGAUUUGCGCAUACAAGAGCUUGAGAACAAAAUUGCACAAAAGAAUGAGGAGAUAAUACGGCUCCAGCUGGCUGAAAUCGAGAGCAGACUUAAGGCAGAAAAGAUGGAGAGGCUUUACGUGGAAGAGCAGAAGCACGUCCAGGAAUGCCUAAAGCUGCACUUCGCAUCUGCCGACGCUGAGGAGGAGGUUUCAGACCUACGAGCCAAGGUGGAGGCUCUGACAGAUCAGAAAAGAGAGGUAGAGAAGAAGGAGUACUUUUUGGAGCUGCAACUCGCAGAUAUGAGAAAACGAUGGGAGACUGCAACUGUGAGGGCAGAACUGGCAGAAAUACAGGCGGCUGAGAAGAGCUGCUUGCUGUUACGGCUGCUCCCCCAGUAGAGGUAGAGAGGGCAGUUUGGUGAGUUGAGGGUUAGUUUGAAGCUAAUCAGCUUCUCAACCUGAAAAGCCUGGUUGUUUCCUUUUGAUCAACGCACCGAGGUGCAGGAAGAUUGGUCAAGCACUUUACAUGAUAUUACAGGUUGUAGAAUUUUAACAUAUUAUUUAUUUCGAUUGCAACGCUAUUUAAC